AAUAUUGUACGUCCUUGAGGACGCGAUUGAUAGACGGCAGUUGUUUACACAUGAGACGUGAAGAUCACGCUAGCAAAUUUAUUUGUGUACCGAAUGACAAUUUGAGGAUUAAAACGACUUCAAUAGGGCAAAUUUAGUAUUCAACCGACAAUGAUGACACACGAAUGCUGCAGCACCUGCUGAGUACAAAUUCGGAGGGCUCUUUUUCAGAUGUCAAGCCACUAACGUUAGCUGGCUAACUUUAGCUAUUUUGAACAUUGUUUUCACAUUUUCACCCAUUGCAAAAAUGUUGCGGUAAUUGACGUUAUAGACGUAUUUGACAAAUAUGAGAAACACCAACCGUUUAAGACCUAUUUUUCUUACUUUUGAACAAUGGUUACCUAGAUGGAGCUUGCAACACAGAUUGUGUUGUUCAAAGCCAGUCAGCGUUCAUUCUAACGAGGAGAGCAGGGCAGAUAAAUUCAAGACUCAAAUAGCCACAGGUCCAAGAUUUCAUGACUUUGUCAAGGGAGCUUCUAUCAACAAACAGCAACCUGUUAUCACUGAUGAUUUGAUAGACACUGACAAGCAUGCAUAUCUUCCUGAGGACUCAGAAAUUGGGAACUCUAGGACAGUGUGUUUUGAAACCUAUGGCUGUCAGAUGAACGUCAACGACACAGAAAUUGCCUGGUCAAUAUUGCAGAAGAAGGGAUAUCAACGCACAAGUGAUGUCGCUGAGGCUGAUGUUGUCCUCCUUGUUACAUGCUCCAUAAGAGAAAAAGCAGAACAAACAAUCUGGAACAGACUACGGCAACUCACAGCCAUGAAGAAAAGACGCUUAAAGACCCGCGUACCCAUGAAAAUUGGAGUCUUAGGUUGCAUGGCCGAGAGGCUGAAGUCUGAGCUGCUGGAGAGGGAGAAGCUGUUGGAUGUUCUGGCUGGUCCAGAUGCAUACCGGGACCUUCCUCGCCUCCUGUCUGUGGCCCAUGGUGGUCAGCAGGCUAGCAACGUGCUGCUGUCUCUAGAGGAGACAUAUGCUGAUGUCAUGCCAGUUCACCACUCCCCCCAGGGUUACAGCGCUUUUGUGUCCAUCAUGCGAGGGUGUGAUAACAUGUGCAGCUACUGCAUUGUCCCGUUCACUCGAGGUCGAGAGAGGAGUCGACCAGUGUCCUCUAUCCUUGAGGAAGUCCAUAUCCUGUCGGAGCAGGGCGUGAAGGAGGUGACCCUGUUGGGUCAGAAUGUGAACAGCUACAGGGACACAUCAGAGGAACAGUUCUGUAGUUCAGAGCCAGGCCAGCUGAGCCGGGGCUUUAGGACGGUGUACCGAGCCCGGCCCGGGGGCCUGCGCUUUGCUGACCUGCUGGACAGAGUGUCCCUCAUAGACCCGGGCAUGAGAAUCAGGUUCACCUCCCCUCAUCCCAAGGACUUCCCUGAUGAGGUGUUGCAGCUGAUAAAAGAGAGGGCGAACAUCUGUAAGCAGAUCCACCUCCCGGCUCAGAGUGGCAGCAGCACAGUCCUACAGGCCAUGCGGAGGGGCUAUAGUAGGGAGGCUUACCUGGAGCUUGUGGAUAACAUCAAGAGAAUAAUCCCAGGGGUGAGCCUGAGCAGUGACUUCAUCUCUGGGUUCUGUGGGGAGACAGAAGAGGACCACCUGCAGACCCUGUCUCUGAUCAGGGAGGUGCGCUACAACGUGGGCUUCCUCUUUGCCUACAGUAUGCGGAAGAAAACCCAUGCGUUCCAUCGUCUUCAGGACGACGUGCCAGCGGAGGUGAAGCAGCGGCGGCUCAAGGAGCUCAUCGGCAUGUUCAGGGAGGAGGCCACCAAGGUCAACUCCGCCCUCAUCGGCUGUACACAGCUCGUCCUAGUGGAGGGAGAGAGUAAGAGAUCAGCUCAGGAUCUGUGUGGGAGGAACGAUGGGAACGUGAAGGUGAUUUUCCCUCGGCAGGAAGUGGCUGGUCAGUCCACUGACACAGGCACUGACACACACACUUCCCCCAUCAACCCGGGAGACUAUGUCCUGGUCAAGAUAGAAUCAGCCAAUUCCCAGAGCCUGAGAGGACACGCCCUCAGCCACACCUCUCUGAGUGACUCAGCCACACGUUUACCUGACCACCGCCAUGACGGACAACUGGCUUCAGUCGCUAGACACGGUGUCUAGUACUCUGUACCCUGAAAGUGAGUGUGGAGUGGACGUCUUCUGUGGCACCACGACGCAGAUGUAACAUCGUCAAAGAUACAAUCCAGAGACAACUGACUGAAGAAGACUUGUCAAAUGAAAUAAAAUAAAAAACCUUUUAUUGUGA